AUGUCUACAAAACGCAGAAACUACGACGAGGACGACAGUGAUAUUCGGAAAAAAAGACACACAUCAAAAAGCAGAGAAUCUAGCGAAAGGCGAGACUAUAAUGAUGACGACCGCCGUAGAAGUGGCGGUUACGACAGAAGAGACGACGACUAUCGAAGAGGCGUAAUAGAAGAUGGUAAUAAGCACAGUAGAAAAAGUGAUUCAACGGUUGAAGUAGGAGAAAAAAGAAAAAAAUCUUCCAAGAAAGAGAAGGAGAAGAGGAAAGAAUCAAAACAUUCAAGAAAGGACGGCGAGACAUUGUUAGAUAAAUUAUCGUAUAUUGAUUUGUCUGCUUAUUCAAACGCUGAUAAUCCGUUUAAUGACACGAAUCUUGGUGAAAAGUUUGAAUGGACUAAGAAGAAGGACAGAGAGAGGAAAUUAGGAAUAUCACCAGAAGAAGCUAUUCGCAGGGAAAAAGAACGUCGCGAAGAAACUCAGGCAUGGCGUUUAAUUCAAGAAAUACGAAGAUCUGAACGGGAAAGGGAACGACAAUUGAGAGAGGAGGAACUUGCACGUAUACAACGUGAAGCUGAAAACGCCUCACUAGGAGAUUGGGCGUCAAAGGAAGACAGCUUUCAUCUUGAUCAAUCUAAAAAACGUGCCGAAAUUCGAAUAAAAGAAAAUCGAGCGAAACCAAUCGAUAUUCUUGCUAUUAAUUUACGUUUAGCAGAUGAAAAUGAUGAUGUUGAUGAAUCGCUGGAGAUUGAUGUGGACGAGCCUUACACCAUUUUUGAGGUUGAAGAAUUACAUCAAGACAUUCAAAAAUAUUUGAGCCUUGAAAAAAAUCCAAACAAUCUUGACUUUUGGAGGGCCAUGAUUGUAGUAUGCGAUGACAAGCUUUCUGAACUUCGGGAAGACGAAAAGAACCUUGUUGCUAAUGUUAUUGCUCCAGUCAAGGACGAGAUUAACAAUAUGAUGGCGGGAAAAACCUACGAACAACUCAACAAACUGCAAGCUCAAAUUCAACAGAAAUUAUCGAGUAAGGAACCUGUUGAGGUUGAAUUUUGGGAACAGCAGCUGAAAACAUUGACCGUAUGGAAAGCAAAGGCAAAACUAAAAGCAAUGCAUGAGAUUGUGUUGCAUAAGAGACUUGAGCAACUUCGCAAAAAGCAAAGGCAGGAGGCCAUCAAGGUUCAGGAAGAAUUAGAAUAUGCACUUGCUUCGCACGGUAUUCAACAUGUAAGAGCUGAGCAUGAGGGACAAGAAUUGCCAAUUGGAGAAGAAGCUGAAAAAACUCCAGAGCCUAUGGUUGAAGAAUAUGAUAGGUCGAUGAGCCCGAAACCUAUAGAAAAGUUAUUCCGAGAAGACAAACAAUACGAAAUUAUUGAUCCUAAAGAAGACUUGAAGAAACUUAAAGAAAGGCGUAGAGAGGUGUUACGUAACCAGUUUAUACCUAUGAAGGUUCAACCAAAGAAACAAGUAUCUGAAGAAGAAGAAGAAUCGAUGGUCUCUAAAGUAUUAUACGAACGAGAGGCAGCCAAAGAUCUAGACGAAGACGAAGCUAUCUUUAAUAUAGAGGAAGAGUUGGCUAAAACU